AUGGGAAACGGAUUGCGGAAGCUCACCGUCUGCUUCGCCGGCGACGCCGGCGAGAUUUCCCGGCGGCGGAACGACGCCGCCGUAUACUCCUCGGAGCCCCCCGACGAGGGCCUUGGCCACUCCUACUGCUACAUACCCCACGACUAUCCCGCCGGCGCCGCCGCCCUGAGCGCGGCGGCUCCCUUCCCCACAAUCUCCGGCGCCGCCGUCUCCGCCAACGUCUCAACCCCCCUCUCCACCGACCCCUUCGCCUCGGCCGUCCUCGAGAGAUCCUCCGCUUUCGAGGCCUCCGAGCUCUUCUCCUCCACCCCUUUGCAGCCGGUGCCCAGAAGCUCGUGCUCCGGCCACACGGCAAGAUCCGGCCCGAUCCUCCGGAAUUCCUGCCCUGUCUCCGGCCCGAUCGAGCAGGGUUUCCUUUCCGGCCCAAUCGAGCGCGGGUUCAUCUCCGGCCCGCUGGACUCCCACCGGACCGGCCCGAAAAAACAGAGCCUGGCCCAAAACCUCAGAAAUGCCAUCCCCAAACUACCCUUUUGGACUUUCAAUAAGGAAAUAAUCCAAAACAGUGUUAGUGGAAACAGCAGCAGCACUGUCACUAGCAUCAAUUCGAGUAGUGAAAUGAGUUUGACUUUGACCGACGAAAACGACGAUCACCACCAGCCUUUCGUCACUGGCCCGAAUCUUCAGUGGGCCCAGGGUAAGGCCGGUGAGGAUCGGGUCCACAUCGUGAUCUCCCAAGAAAACGGUUGGGCCUUUGUCGGCGUUUACGACGGUUUUAACGGACCCGAUGCCACCGACUUCCUCUCGAACAAUCUCUACCCGAACGUGCGCAAAGAGCUCAACCGGUUCUUGAUUGGCGAAGAAAGCACGGAGCUUGAUACUAAAUUGAGGGAGAAGUUUAGCAAUCUUGGCCCGGAUAGUGUAGCGGGCCGUUUACCGGGCCCGGGCCUUAAUCACUCGGAGGUCUUGAGAAGUUUAUCUGAGGCAUUGAGGAAAACCGAAGCCUCGUAUUUGGAGAUAGCCGAUAUGAUGCUCGCCGAGAAUCCCGAGCUAGCUUUAAUGGGGUCGUGCGUUUUGGCUAUGGUAAUAAAGGGUCACGACGUUUAUUUGAUGAAUGUUGGGGAUAGUCGAGCCGUGUUGGCCCGAAAGGGCGAAAGUGGGAAAAUAAGAAGAAUGAAUAGUGAGGAGACAAUGUUCGAUUAUUGUCAACUCACGAUGGAUCAUAGCACAUCGGUUAAGGAGGAAGUGAGGAGGAUUCGAAAAGCGCAUCGUGAUGACCCGUUUGCAGUUAUCAAUGGUCGGGUGAAAGGUUCGUUGAAGGUCACCCGAGCAUUCGGAGCCGGGUUUCUCAAACAUCCGAAAUGGAACAAUGCACUUCUCGAGAUGUUUAGAAUCGACUAUAUCGGGACAUCGCCUUACAUCACGUGCUCUCCAUCUCUUUACCACCAUAGAUUGGAAUCGAACGACAAGUUCUUGAUUUUAUCAUCCGAUGGGCUCUACCAAUACUUCACGAACGAGGAGGUCGUUUAUGAAGUCGAGUCAUUCAUGUUGAAUUUUCCUGAGGGUGAUCCAGCUCAGCAUCUUGUCAAGGAAUUGUUGUUUCGUGCGGCUAAGCAAGCCGGUAUGGAUUUUCAUCAGUUGCUCGAUAUUCCGCAAGGCGAUCGGAGACGAUACCAUGAUGACGUGUCAAUUAUUAUUAUUUCGUUCGAAGGAAGUAUGUGGCGUUCGUCGUUGUAG